GGGGCAAGGAAGGAGAGAGUGAGACGGGGGAGGGAGGAAAGAUCAGACCUCCCCUUUAACCUGUGUCAGCAGUAGAAGCAUUCUUGAUCUAUGACAGUGAAACAGCAAGUGCUUGGUGUCCAUAAGUCUGUGGGAUUCAUCUGGAGGAUUCACCAUCCACAGUAAACUACCAGAUGCAAAGUGAUUAUUAUGAGGAAGCCUUUAGAGACUCUGGACCCUGCGAGGAAUCGGGGAGUACAUUGUUCCUGUCAGGUUUAAGUAGAGUUGGCCUGUAACCAUGCCCGGGGCUCCAUAGAUUUCUGACCACCAGACCCCCAAGCUGCCCAUCAAACAUGGAUCACGUAUUCCCCAGCAUCAAAUUGGGGUCAGAUUACACCCGUUUGGAGCAGAACAGCAGCAAGCGUCACCGACUGCAGCAUGUCAGGAGGAAACUACGUCCUUCACGGAUUUUUGGUUUUAUCCUGAGCAUCUCUGCCCUCACAUUGUUCAUGUCUUGGAGUGCCUUUACCUUCACUUUGGGCCCCUUCCCAAGAUGGACGCCACUCACUUCUCUCACCAACCACGAGGGACUUGCAGAACCAGUGCCACACAGAACUGUCCUAUCUUCUCACGAAGAGAGCAAUGUUUCGGCAGAUAUGCCCAUCGCUAUGGCCUCGUCCGUAGAGCACAACCAGGGAGAUUAUCCCGAGGAUCUGUUCACGCUGGAGGAGAGGAGGCAAGGUGCAGUUGUGCUGCAUAUGUUCGGCAUGAUGUACAUGUUCAUUGCCCUCGCUAUCGUCUGUGAUGAGUUUUUCGUCCCCGCCCUCACCGUGAUCACAGAAAAACUGCAGAUCUCGGAUGAUGUAGCAGGUGCCACCUUCAUGGCCGCUGGAGGCUCUGCCCCCGAGCUCUUCACCUCUGUGAUCGGUGUGUUCAUCUCACACAGCAAUGUGGGCAUCGGGACCAUCGUGGGUUCUGCUGUCUUCAACAUCUUGUUCGUGAUCGGGAUGUGUGCUCUCUUUUCACGUGAGAUUCUCCACCUCACCUGGUGGCCUCUGUUCAGAGACGUCACCUUUUAUAUCAUUGGACUAAUUAUGCUUAUCGUUUUCUUCCUGGAUAACUACAUUACUUAUGUUGAGAGCAUUGGACUGUUACUCUGUUACGCUAGCUAUGUCACGUUCAUGAAGUACAAUGCGACUGUAGAGACUAUAAUCAAGACAAAAUUACUCAGGAAUCAAGUGGACGACAUUGAAGCUCCUCCUAAGGUUAUCAGUGCAGCAGAUGACGAAAAUAAACUUUCGGCUAAGCCCCGCCUCCAGAGAGGAGGAAGCUCCGCCUCCCUCCACAACACCCUCAUGAGAAACAGCAUCUUCCAGCUAAUGAUCCACACACUCGAUCCUCUCAGUGACGGUAAUGGGAAGUUCAAGGAAAAGGCAUCGAUUCUGCACAAGAUCGCUAGAAAAAAGGAACAAGAUGAGGCCAAUGGUGUUGUUGACAAGAAUUUUCCCAACAGUACUAAUGUGGAGGUAGAAGUCACUCCCCCCAUGAAUGGCAGUGCUGGAGCUGAGGCUGAGGAGGACGACGAUGAAGACCAGCCUUUGAGCUUGGCUUGGCCGGACACACCAAGGAAGCGAGCAACAUACGUCCUAAUCUUUCCCAUCGUCUUUCCAUUGUGGCUGUCACUGCCGGAUGUCCGUAGAGAUUCAUCAAAAAAGUUCUUUCCGGUAACAUUUUUGGGAUCUAUUAGUUGGAUUGCUGUUUUCUCUUACCUGAUGGUGUGGUGGGCUCAUCAGGUUGGUGAGACUAUUGGAAUCACAGAGGAGAUUAUGGGUUUGACUAUUCUAGCGGCUGGUACCUCCAUUCCUGAUCUCAUCACCAGUGUCAUUGUUGCCCGGAAGGGUCUCGGCGACAUGGCUGUCUCCAGCUCAGUCGGCUCCAACAUAUUUGACAUCACUGUAGGCCUGCCAUUUCCAUGGCUACUCUUUUCACUCAUGAACGACCUGACUUCAGUGGCCGUGAGCAGCAACGGCCUGUUCUGUGCCAUCGUUCUGCUCUUCCUCAUGCUCCUCUUCGUCAUCAUCUCCAUCGCUGUGUGCAAGUGGAAGAUGAGCAAGCUGCUGGGUUUCCUCAUGUUCCUGCUCUACUUUGUGUUCCUGGUUGUCAGCGUAAUGUUGGAGGACAAGAUCAUUAUGUGCCCUGUCUCCAUUUGAUUUCUUUAUCAUGCACACCGUUGUUCUUUUUCUGGGAACGGGCCCUUCUUUAUAGCUCCGAAGGCACUCCAGGGCAUCCGAAUGAUAACAUGGGAGCUCGUACCGCAGCUGCGCUGUGGCAUUGCAUCUUUAUAUCCACUGAAGUCUGAGUAGCUGGGCUUUCCAAGCAGUAGUUUGUUAUGGGAAAGUAGUGCAUUAUUCUGUAUGCACUCUCCAAAGCAGUACAUGGAGACUUGAUGUACUGUAGAUUUUAGACAUUUUUAAUAUGCUGCAUGAAGAGGCUGGACAUAAAGAGCAAGGAGACACCACGUCCAAUGAAGAUGUGGACAUCUAUGGGGAAUGUCUACAGACUCAGGAAAGGACCUUUGAUGCAAAUAUGCAAUAAUAUAUUAAUCAAGAUCUUGGUACUGUGCUUUAAAGCUCAUGAUAUCAUAAGCCUUGUGUUGCACAACAACUUGAAGAAACAAAGCUCCAUAUUUGUUUUGUCUAGACACUGGUCCUUUCUGGUUGUUACUUGAGCAUUUUCAUUCUGAGUAUAUCAUAUCAUUUAUUGAAUAAUAGACUUGUAGACAUAGUCAGAAGUCUACACUCAAAAAAAUAAAUAAUAAUAAUAAUUAAGGAAUAAAUGUAGGAUUUAUGUAUUUGAAUAGCAUAUAAAAUUUUCAUCCAUUUGGAUUACACAGUUUUGUCAUUAAAAAAAGUUACUUGAAAUAAAAUAAAUGUUCACUGAAAUUUCAGCUAGUUGCCAAAGCAAUUUUUUUUUUACUUAAUUUACUAAAAUUAUUAAACUAAAAAACAAUAAUGAAAAAAAUGUACAUAAAAAAAACUGAAAAUGGUUCAAACUAAUUUAAAAUAUAACAAAACGAAUAGUGUAGGGAUAUUAAAACGACACUGAAGCACAUUUGUCUGUCAUAUUUAAAUUAAGAAACUGAAAUAAUAUUUCUGUAAUAGUACUAAUGCAUUUUAUAGUACUACAUAAUUGUACUAUAAAAAUACAGAAUAACCAGAUAUAUAUAUUUAUCAAUUAAUCCAAUUUGUGUUAACCUCACAUAUUUUAACUAACUGAAUUUUGCUUGUUUCAUAGCUAUCCAUAUUUUAACCAUGUCCUCACUUUUUUAAUAUAAUAAAUGCAAUUGUUUCCAUGAUGACCAGAUUUAUGCUGAGCUAAGCUAUUUGAAAUAAAACAAUUUAAAUCAAAUACUGUAAUGCAAUUAUUUAAUAGUCAUACCUAUCCCAUGUUUGUUUGUUUUUUUAGUGCAGAAAUCUUACGCUUUUCUUUUCAUUUAUAUAUGACUUACAAAUAUGCGUUGUAUUAAGUUUAUUAGUUUAUCUUAAGUCUGUGUAAUCCAAACAGAGGGAAAUUGUAUAUGCAAUUUCAAUACAUAAGUCUUAAAUUUAAGCGCAAUUAUUUGAUGAGUGUAGAACUGCAAAUAAUCAGUAUACAACUCAAAAGAUUUGGAGCACUCAUUUUAUUUAAUAUAAGUAAACGCAUUAAUUGUUAUUUGUAAAUGCAAUGUUUUAUAUGUUUAUUCUGUUUGGUGUGAUUUGUUUGGCGAAAUCCAAUGAAUGAAUGAAUAGUGCAAGACAUUCUCGGCUUGCAGAGGAAAACCAGUUAUCACUCUCUGUUCACAAUCAGUUAUAGCAAAAGCUGUAAUUUCUUGUGUCAUCUUCAUCGUCAUCAUCAUCUGUCUAGACUAUUUUACAGACUCUACUGUUAUCAAAGCAGCCAGCUGGUGUCAGUGUGAGUAGAUCUGUAUGGCACACUUUGCAGAACUCUUUAAUGAACAAACAUCCCUUCCUGUAUCUCUCAUUCCUGUCUUAAAUAAUUUUGGAUAAUGUGAUGAAAUUUGGAAGUGAAAGUGCUAAAGGAAUGGAGCACCAAACAGCUUAUUCUUAGUAAAAAACACAUAUGUAUCUAUCCAUUCAUAAUUUCUGUGUAUUUACAUGAGUGAUGGACUAAAUAAAAUUAUUUCUAAACUUCCACUAAA